AUGAAGUGCUUCAAGGAUAUACUAGGCUUAAAAGUUUAUUGUAAUGACUCCAUUAUCCCAUUAAAAUAUGAAUGCUCGGUCAAUAAUUUGUUUAGACUUUAUAAUGAUGCGAUUUCUUAUAGGCCUGAAUAUAUCAUAUUAUUAAAGCAUGCAAAAUCCGCAGAGAAGAUGACUGCGAAUAUUUUAACGAAUAUUUAUAUCGGUGGAAAUUAA